UCUCCUUCUACCCUUUUCUCUUCCUUCCAAACCCUUAAUCAAAACUUAUCUUCUUACAAGGGAAGCAGAUCACUUCCAUGAACUACCAAUGAAUAACAUGUCAUCUCAACUCACAUGGAAGAGUGGAUAGAAGAUAGAUAGGCUUGAUUCAGCUUAAAAUUUGGUGUCAGGUGCUUCAAACCACUUCUCUUUCCCUUUUUUUGGUGAAACCUGUAGGCUGUAGAUAUUCAACUAUUCAAAGUAACCUCCAAACAAAAAUAGGAACUAUACAUCUUUUUUCUCUUCUGAAGUUCUGAUCUAUCAGAAUUCAGUUGAUUGAUUCUUGUACUUUAGGUUUGAAAUUUGAAGGGGAAGAAUAAAAAUGGAUCCAAUAACAUCUCAUGGCCGUCACCUCCCUCCUUUCCUCGCUAGAGAUCUUCAUCUUAAUCAAUUCCAACACCACCACCAACAGCAGCAAAGUUCCGAAGACGAGCAAAACGUUGGUCAGAAACGAGAUCGAGAAGAAACGGCCACCACCACCGCGACCGACACGGGAGUAGGGAAAGAGUUAGCCUUAUCCGAAGGCGAAAACACUAGGAGACCGCGCGGCAGGCCUGCCGGUUCCAAGAACAAGCCUAAGCCACCGAUCAUCAUAACCCGAGAUAGCGCCAAUGCUCUCCGGUGCCACGUUAUGGAAAUCGCCAACGGCUGUGACAUCAUGGAAAGUGUUUCGACUUUCGCCUGGCGAAAACAAAGAGGGGUUUGCAUUCUGAGCGGUAGCGGAACCGUAAUGAAUGUAACCUUGAAGCAGCCUGGAGCUUCUCGUGCAGUCAUGAAUUUACAAGGAAGGUUCGAAAUUUUAUCUCUUUCUGGGUCGUUUUUGCCUCCUCCGGCUCCGGCGGCUGCAUCGGAAUUGGCCAUAUAUUUAGCAGGCGGUCAAGGUCAAGUAGUAGGAGGAACCGCGGUGGGUCCACUUGUUGCUUCGGGUCCGGUGGUGGUUAUGGCAGCUUCUUUUGGUAAUGCGGCCUAUGAAAGGCUUCCAUUGGAAGAAGAAGAAGAACAACCAGUGGAGCCGCCGAUUCCUGGAAGCGGAACCAUAGGAUCACCGGGAAGCAUGGCCACUCAACAACAGCAGCAGCAGCAGCAACUAUUGCAAGAUCCCAAUAGAUCUUUUGCUCAAGGAUUGCCAUCAAAUCUUCUAAAUUCAGUCCAAAUGCCAGCCGAUGCCUAUUGGGGCACAGGUCAUCCCCCUUAUUAACAAAAAACACAGAAAAUUUCGUGUUUUAAAUUUCCUUCUUCAUUUUUCCUCCUUAAUU